AUGGAGCAGCUCGCCCAGUUCGUCUCCAAGAGCUUCGACAACGCGGCGGCCGCGGUGGCGGCUGCGACGAGCGUCGAGGCUGCCGUCGGCUGUAGAGCGGCCGCCGGCGGCAGGAUUACGCUCAGUGUCGCGCAUCUCAUCGGUGAUCACGUCGCGGACGAUGCUGACCACCAUGAAGCGGCGCAAGAGACUACAACUAGCGUCAUCGAGACGAGCGGAAGCGUUGAAGAACCGCCGUCGCCAGAAGGUCGAUUGCAACCGGAGGAUCUUUCCGUCACGGCCAAGAUCAAGGACAUCCGAGACACCGCGGAGAACUUGCCACCCCUGAAGACACCCGAGCUAAAGCUAUCGGUUCGCAAACUGCUCGGAUGCACCCCCUCGCCACCGCCUAUAUCGAGGGACCGAUCACCCAGCCCGGAAAAUUGCGUUGAAUUAAAAAGUCAAAACUCUAGUGAUGGCAAAACUCUCGUACUCUCCAACGACCAGGCCAAAGUGUCCUCGCAGGUUACAAGGUCGAGUGGACAAGGUCAAGAGGAUUCCGUUAAAGGAUCCAGCUGUCGGAGCAACGGAAGCGGCAAUGGCAAGCAGAGGAGAUCACGGACGAACUUCACCAUUGAGCAAUUGGCUGAGCUUGAGAGGCUUUUCGAUGAGACGCAUUAUCCGGACGCGUUUAUGAGGGAGGAGCUGAGCCAGCGGCUCGGUCUCAGUGAAGCGCGAGUACAAGUCUGGUUCCAAAAUCGACGUGCUAAGUGUCGUAAACACGAGAGCCAGUUACACAAAGGCGUCGCCGGGAGUAUGGUGCUGGCACCGCGCAGCCCACCGACGACGUUGGAGCCGUGUCGAGUUGCACCUUACCUGCCAGCCCUCAGGUUACAUCCGCCGCCGAUGCAGGGAACUACAAAUGUCACAGUAGGAUCAGCUUUUGAUCCAGCGGUGCUGCACUACGCGGCAGCCGGGGGCCUUUUCUGUCUGCCACCACCACCGCCACCGCCACCUCCGGCACCGUCGGCUGGUCAUCCUCCUCAUCCGUUGAGCCUGGCAGCGUCGUUGGCCGCUGCGGCGGCUCGCUCGAAGAACAGUAGCAUCGCAGACCUUAGGCUGAAAGCGAGACGGCACCAGGAGGCCUUAGGGCUCGAUAGGCCUGCGUAAGGUUCGCGGUGUGGUACGUCUUGGACGAAGAGGGACUCGACGGGGAUGAAGAAGUGCGAGUUGACGGUUGCACGUGUCGUUGUUUUGUGCAGAAACUUGCUUGCGUAUAGAAUAUAAAAGCGAAACACGUGCAUCUCUUCAUCCGCGACGUGCCGAAGAGUCUGAGAAGUACAAAGGACACUCAAUGUGUAUAAAGUAAAUUGCGGAAGGACGACGGGAAACGUGUAAUAUAUAUAAUGUAUACAGAAUCGGGAGUCUCGCUUGUAUCUCGAUUAGCGUAUUCUGUGUCGAAGAACUGUGAUGUAAAACGUGAAGUUUAAUCAGCAACGAUUAAGAAGGCGACACAUUGUAAAGUUUCGUCACCAAUUCUUGAACCAGUUUUCAUCUCAAGUUAGCGGGCAUUCGUUCGGAGCGGAAGUCAUCGUAGCUUUGUGUAUGCUCAUGCAUGUGAAGACAUGUUUAAACGGAACGUUUGUC